GGACCUGAAGAAGAAACAACAUGGCGGCUUCUAGGAGAACUUAGCGAAAACAGAGAAGAUAAUCGUCAAGUUUUAAGACUUAGAAUAGUCUUUAUAUUAUUUAUGCAAUAUGGACAACAUGCAGCAGCCUUCUGGCUAUUAUGGCAGCUACACGGAGCCGUCGUACCCCAUAAACAGAUCCCCGAUACCCGCUUACAGACCUCCGUACUCGGACGGGGCUCAUGCACCGACACAGCCGCCUAACGCUCCUCCUCAGUGGGCUUCUCCUCAGGGAUAUGACGGCCACCCGUAUAGGUUCGGAUACGAUCACCCUCCGCCUCCCAUGGAAGGAAGUUUCGGGGAAGCUCGCUUCCCUCCUCCGUUCGGGUUCGACCCCUCCGUCCCACCGCCUCCUUUCGGCUACCCUCCAACCGGACCCUUCCCCGGGAUGGAGCCUCCUGUCCCGGCCCUGAAUCAGCAGUUCAGACCAGAUCAUCAGAGUGCUCAGUAUGACCCAGACACACGCCAGAAUCCCCCGCUUCCUCCACGGAACGACAACCUAAACUGGAAUCAAGGACCUCCAAGACGAGCUGAGGAUGAAGCUGACCUUCAGAAGAACCAGGACCAGCAGUGGAUCAGACGCUUCUUACAGAGCAGAGGCAAGACCUCCAGGAGCUCUCAGAUCAAGGAACAGCCCCAGAGUGUCCCUGACCUGCAGCCCCGGUGCAUCCCCGAGCUGAGGCGUGCUCUGUACCGGGCCGCUCAGCUGGUCUCCCAGCUGGCUGAGACCUGUGAGUCUCUAAGGAACAGCGUGCAGGAGGACUGCAUGUGGGCUCGGUCUUAUUCUGAGGCUCUGAAGCUGAAGAAGGAGCUGCAGGACUCACUGUCUGUUCUUGGUGAUGGUGAGAACUUAGCUGGUUGGAAGACCAAACUGUCCCAGGUCGCUAAGAGGAGGUCCAGGAGGCUGAGAUCACGCAGACUGCUGCAGCUGGAGGAGAACCAGAGGGCGGAACGCAGCGCUGAGAAGGAGGCAGGCAUCGAUAAAUGGAGGCUGCAGCAGAUACAGCAGGUGGAGGAGAAGAAGAAGGAACAGGAAGUGAAGCUGGCUGCUGACUCGGUGCUCUGCGAGGUGAGGAGGAAGCAGGCAGAUGUGAAGAGGAUGCAGGACGUGCUUAGGGCUGUGGAGAAGCUGCGAAAACUGAGGAAGGAGGCGGCGUCCAGGAAAGGUAUUUCUACUGAGGCCGAGUGUGAUGGUGCCUUCACCGAGCGCGUGGAGGAGCUCAGGGAUGUGAUGAAGAGGAGGACAGUGCUGUAUUCAGCUGAGGAGAAGGCUCUGAGGGUGAUGCUGGAGGGGGAGCAGGAGGAGGAGAGGAGGAGGGAGCAGGAGAGGAAGGUGAAGAAGGAGAGGGAGAGACAGCUGCAGAGGAAACGCAGGGUGCACGCCGUCCUGUUUGGAGAGGAUCUUCCUGCUGACUCCCUGCUGCAGCCGUUCACUCAGUUCUACACUCAGGCUGACAGAUCCCUGCACGCCCUGCUGCAGAUCAGGAGGGAGUGGGACGUGUUCUUGGUGGAGGCGGAUCAUCCUGAUGGCUCUUUUCUUCCUCAAACCUGGAUCCUCCCUGACCCCCCAUCAGACCAGGCGUGGGCCUCCGUCCUGCAGCCGGACGACUCGGACUGACAGAUGCUCUGAGUCUGAUCUGAAUCUGAGACUAAAAAGCUGAACCUCAGACACAAACAUGAUGGGGUUUACAUGUGACAGAUCAGUCACAUGAUCCUGGGUUAACCUGAUCAUGUGACCUGAUCAUGUGAUGUACAUGCUGCGCUCUGUUUGAUAAUUAUAUUUUUUUAUUUUCAUAAACUCUCAAAGAGCUAAAUAACUAAAUAGAAUAAACGAUGAUGACUUGA